AUGGCGUCACAAGCCCUGCUCUCCCCCUACGGCACCGUCGCUAGCGACCCUUUCGCUUCUCCGCCUCCAUCCCGGACCUCCCUCUUUGACGUCCCAACUCCCGACACAACAACAGGCGCCGGCCUCAAACAACUAAUCCGCGCCAAACUCCCCUCGAAUCUAUCCUCCCACCGCCUCCGUCUCAUCUAUGCCGGCCGUGGUCUAGAAGACUCAACCGCCCUGACAACAUCUCUGAAGCUCCCCUCAUCACCAACCCGAUCACCCCACCCAGACUCAGAGCAUGAGGACUCUCAAACUGAAAAUGGAAAAGGAAAGCAGGCCGUCCGCGACAGUAGACCCCGGAUCUAUAUCCACUGCUCCAUAGGCGACAUCGCACUCUCCGAAGCAGAUCUCCGUGCCGAAUCCGACAUGUCUUCUACUCUACUCCAGAAACAGAAUGAGACUUCCCUCCCAUCUGUGCCAACCCGUACCUCUCCUCCACCACCAACCACAAUUCCCGCACCUCGGGGCUUCGACCGUCUUCUCAGUGCAGGCUUCACCGCAUCCGAAGUCACAGCCCUGCGCUCGCAAUUCCUUGCCGUCCAAUCCGUGUCCAGAACACCGGAUACCAUGCCUACGGGUGAGGAACUGCGUGAUUUGGAGGAUCGGUGGAUGGAUGAGGGGUCGACGGCUGCUUUGGCGCAGGCUGGUGGGGACGGUGGGGGUGGGGAUGAUGACGGGGGGUUUGGGGGUGGUUCGAGGAGUGCGAUGGAUGAUAUGCUGUGGGGGGCCGUUAUGGGAUUUUUUUGGCCGAUUGGGUGUGCUAUGUGGUUGAGAAGGGAGGAGGGGGUUUGGAGUUGGAGGAAGGGUGUUGCUGUUUUUGUGGGAGUGGUUGUUAAUGCUGCUUUUGGGGCUAUGAGGAUUAUGAAUUGA